AUGGGAAACACAACAGAUUAUAGCAUUGUAUAUGAGAAGUAUUCCAAUGCCUUGUUGGCAAGUAGCAUUCUGACGUUAUUCGGAGCUGCGGUGGGAAUCAUAGGAAAUUUCAUAAUUAUCGUGAUUUAUUAUUUUCGCAUUAAGGAUAAAUCUGAGCGCUACUUUAUCCCUGUGUUGGCAGCAAUGGAUCUAACAGCAUGUAUCAUAAAUGGAUAUGGAAACACAGUUUUAAACACAUACAUGUUUGACUUUUCGGGAGAGUUUCAUUGCCGUGUUAUUUGGUUCCUGGAGUUGUUCAUAUCUGGCUUUUCCGGUCACAUGGUGUUGAUCAUAGCUCUCCAGCGAUACCUGCUGAUCUGUAAACCCUUUGGUCCUCAUAUGACACUGUUCUGGAAGAGGUUUGCCGUUCUGGUAACAUUGCUAGCCACGACUCUAUAUGCUGCACCAUCGCUAGCAAUGUCUGGAAUCAAAAGUACCGACCGUGUGUUCUUGUCAAGAAAUAUCACCACCAGGAUGUGUGUAUUUGUUGUAGAUUACACAGGCGCGGCAAUAACGUACAGUGCAAUUCUACUCUUUCUUACAGUGACCAAUGCAAUAGUCUGCAUGGCUCUUUAUCUUCCAAUCAUCAAAGUUAUCCAUAGUUCUUUUUCAACAUCACAAACAUGCAAGACUAUCUUACCCUUCUGUGGAAAGCGCGACAACACCAUUUCUGACAUCGAAAAUAGUAUUAGUUCUAACUUUGAUGGAAAACAUCGAGUAUGGCUGAAUGAUAUAUUAAAGGAGAUGCAAACGGACGAUGCACUCGAGACGGUAGGAAAUUCUCGAACAGAUCUUAUAAGUCUGGACGACUACAGCGAAAAGAACGUCCGCGACACAGUAUUAGAGCGAAAUGGAGAUAUUUGUGGGAAUGGUAAGCAAAACGAUGGUGCAAAUAUUUCCGUUAUUGGAAUUACUGUAAUUGACCAGAGAAGGGACAACAAUUUGUGUUCUCCUCGUGAUAAUGAAAUUGGUGCCUUUGUAGACCAAAUAGAGGCAGAUGAAGACAUUCAGAACAAUAAACAUAAAGAUUCGAACAAAUCUUCAACUCAUUGUAGCGCUGGAUCAUCAAACGAAAAAGACAAAUGUGAAAAUAAAAUUACUAAACAAAUAACUCCUUCAAGCUCCACAGCGAAAAAUGAAACGGAUGAUAUCGCAGAUGGCAAGAAUGAUACAUUAUACUCUCAAAAGAGUCCUGGCCAAAGAAAAACAUGGACGUUCAGAAAUGGAAUGAAACUCUUUAGAUCAUCUUCCAAGCUUGAAAGAAUGAAAACAACAAUGAAUGUUAUGUUUCUGACAAUUAUUGUUGUUUAC